CAGUUUAUGUCAAAUCUUAGUUCAUACUGAAUGAAGCAUUCUUUUGUUUUAUUACAUUUUAAUCAGUUUUAUCGUGUUGAAGUUCUAUACCAGUUGUAUAAGCUAAUAUUUGCAAUGGCCAAACUACGCAAAGAAAAAGCUAGUAAAGAAACGCUGUCCAACUCGGGAUCGACAUCAAGCUUUCACGAAGAGCAAAGGAUUUCACCAGUUGUACAAAAGAAACUCAGAGGAAGAACUAUUGCAGCAACGUCGAAAGUCAUAAAAAGGAAGCCUAAAAAGGCAAAAGCCAAUGCUAAAAACUUGAAGAAUAGGACAUAUUCUUUAUCGCCAGUUAAAAUUGAACAGUGUGCAAAUGAAACUAUUUUGCAGACUCCUAUUGCAUCAUCAACAUGCAUCAAAGAUAUUGCAUUUACUUUCUGUGAUAGCAUCGUUGAUGAAAACACUGAAGUUAUAAUAAAAGCUGAGAAAAAAAAUACCACCUUUGAUAAAGAAAAUGAUAUAUUAAGUGAUGAACCUACUAAAGAAACUUGUCAAGAUGAAUGUUCUAUAAAAGAUCAUAUUAAAGCUCCAAGUGUGGAAAGUAACAUUUCAGACACAAAUAGUGAUGGUAAAACAUUUAAUGAGGAGAAGACUGCUCUAAAAGUGAAAGAUAAUAAUGGUGGAAGAAACAAGACUUCUGUUUUGAAAUCUAAUUUAACUAACAUCCCAAAAAAACAGUCCGCAAAUAAACAGAUUGCCUACAGUUCGAUUCCCUUGCCAAAAUUUAAUCUUCAAAAGCAUGUCGUCAAGAAAAAUCUGGCAACAAAUUCCAAGUUGCAAAGUUGUAGCUCGAAAGUUGCUUUUGGCAGUGUCGAAAUUAUACCAAAAUCUAAUCUUAAUGAUAUUUCAAGUACUUCUACUGAUAGUUUGGAAAAUUUUGUAAAUGAAUUUUCCACACCUCCUUAUACUGCAAAGGACAAAACUAUCGGUUGCACUCCUAGAAUGAGAGCUAAUUCUAUCUUGGGUCUAUCAGAUUCAAAUGAGAAGGUAUCAGAAAAAAAUAUUUCUUAUGUCAAACCUUGUGUUAUCAAGCCUCCAGAAGUUACCGAUAGAGAGAAUGAAACUUCAAUCCAGAAAAAAGAACCUACAAGAAUUCCUCAGAAAAAAACAAUCACAAGUGGUAUUCGUCGAGAACUUAGAAAGUCUGCAUCACAGCCAUUGUUGACACCAAAAGCUAAAAUUGAUAAACCUAAACCAUUUGUAAAAACUAUAUCUUUUGCAGAUCAAUCUGGAAAUGAUACUAAAUAUGUCUCUCGCCUAAAAAUGCCAAAUUUUGCAUUAAUCCAUAACAAGAAUUUUAAUAAAAUGGAAUCUGUAGAUGAGUAUGCCAAAAGAAAGGAGGCGCGAGCUAAGGACCUAAUGACGCCAAAAUCUGAAAGAAGAAUAGCAACUAAGAUCAAGAAAACGCCUGUUGCUAAUACUAAGCUCGAAAAUAAAACGGUAUUCGAUUUUCGAGGUAUUAAGAAAAAUGAAGCUAUUAGUCGACAUGAAAAGCAUGUAGAUAUGGCUAAGAAGAUUUUAAAGAAACCCGUUGACUUUUCAACAAAGCGGCAGCAAAUGUUGAAAGGGGUAAGAUUAAAUAAAAGAUUUGAUCUUCAACUACAAUUCAGACAAGGGAUAUGAAAUAUUUAUUGUUAUUUUUAUAUGAAUUUUAUAUUUAUUUGGAUUUUAAUCAUUUUUACUGGUCAUGAAGCUUGCAUAUGAAUGAAUUAUGUAAGUUUAAAAUAUUGGAGAUUCUCCAAUUUUGUAAUUUUUUACCUGAUAUUUUUAAAGUAUAUGAAUGCUUUCAAAAUCCCAAACA